AUGAUGUUCAAUAGUUCGGGGGUGCGCUUCAGCAGACGCAGGUUAUUAGCUGGGGUUGCAGUAUCUAUCCUUAGAUACGGCGGCCCAGCUUGGGCCUCAGCGCUUAGCGUCGAACGUAACAUGCAGAAGCUGGAGAGUGUACACAGGCUAGCAUGCUUCAGAGUGAUAAGUGCCUACCGCACGGUAUCACGGGAUGCAGCUUGUGUGAUUGCGUGUAUGUUACCCAUUGGACUAGGAGGAGGAGACGAGGACGAGGAGAGUUUCGAAAUGCGCGAAACCAGCGGAGCCCGUAAAGCCAUUAGAGUCACCUCGACUAUCAAGUGGCAGCGGGACUGGGAUAACUCUUCUAAGGGUAGGUGGACCCAUCGGCUGAUACCUAGCGUAUCAAGAUGGGUUAACAUAGGAGGCAUGGAGGAGUUCACUUCCAUCUGA